AUAAUUACAGCAAACACAUAAGCAGCCUGUCCUAAUAAUUAAACGAAGUAAAACUAAAACAUUGACCCCAAAAAAACGAAAGUAAAAUAAAAGUUGGUAAAAAAAGAAAUGAAGACUCUUGAAGAUAACCGAAACGGCGUCGUUGGAUAGAGAAUAUACCGAAACAGAAAAUGGAAUAUCUCGUAUAGAGUCGCUUAUAAAUGCGUUUCAAAACGUAUGCACUCUGUCCGUGUUCAUUGGCAGCUUCAGCGCUCGUUUCACUUCCUCUCCAUCUCUCUCUACAUCUCCCUGAAAUAAAGAGAACUUAAGAACCUCUCUUUCUCUAUACUCUUCUGGUAUAUACUUCAAACACUUGAGCAGAUCAAAUCCCACCUACACAGAAAGAAGAUUGUUGUAUACUCAUCAUAGGUGAAGAAUAAUGGCAAGGGAUCAGUUACAAGUGCUGAAUGCACUUGAUGUAGCGAAGACACAAUGGUACCACUUUACGGCGAUUAUAAUUGCCGGAAUGGGAUUCUUCACCGAUGCUUACGAUCUCUUCUGCAUCUCUCUUGUCACGAAGCUCCUCGGCCGCAUAUACUACCACGUACCAGGCUCCCCGAAGCCUGGAACUCUCCCUCCAAACGUUGCUGCUGCCGUUAACGGCGUUGCCUUCUGUGGAACCCUCGCUGGCCAGCUCUUCUUUGGGUGGCUUGGUGACAAGCUCGGGAGGAAGAAAGUUUAUGGUAUGACGUUGAUGGUCAUGGUCAUCUGCUCUAUAGCAUCCGGUCUCUCUUUCGGACACGAGCCAAAAGCAGUGAUGGCCACGCUCUGCUUUUUUAGGUUUUGGCUAGGGUUUGGGAUUGGUGGUGACUACCCUUUGUCUGCAACGAUCAUGUCUGAAUACGCUAACAAGAAGACUCGUGGGGCGUUUAUCGCUGCGGUUUUCGCCAUGCAAGGGUUUGGGAUCAUGGCUGGUGGAAUCUUCGCUAUUAUUAUCUCCUCUGCUUUUGAAGCUCAGUUCCCUGCCCCGGCCUAUGCGGAUGAUGCCUUGGGGUCCACGGUAUCCCAAGCAGAUUUUGUGUGGCGUAUAAUCUUGAUGGUUGGUGCUAUCCCAGCUGCAAUGACGUAUUAUUCUAGGUCAAAGAUGCCGGAGACAGCAAGGUACACAGCUUUGGUUGCUAAAGACGCAAAGCAAGCUGCUUCAGACAUGUCUAGGGUUCUCCAAGUUGAGAUAGAGGCAGAACAACAGAAAGUAGAAGAGAUCUCAAAGGACAAGUCCAAAGCCUUUUCCUUGUUCUCCAAGGAAUUCAUGAAACGCCAUGGACUUCAUUUGCUAGGCACAACAUCAACCUGGUUCCUCCUCGACAUCGCUUUCUACAGUCAAAACCUAUUUCAAAAAGAUAUUUUCAGCGCAAUCGGAUGGAUCCCUCCGGCGCAAACCAUGAACGCGAUUCAAGAAGUGUUCAAGAUCGCGCGUGCUCAAACCCUAAUUGCCUUGUGCAGCACGGUACCAGGCUACUGGUUCACAGUUGCUUUCAUCGACGUCAUUGGAAGAUUUGCCAUUCAGCUAAUGGGAUUCUUCUUCAUGACGGUCUUUAUGUUUGCUCUGGCUAUUCCUUACAACCACUGGACUCACAAGGAGAACCGAAUCGGAUUCGUUGUCAUGUACUCAUUAACGUUCUUUUUCGCCAACUUUGGACCUAAUGCUACAACCUUCGUUGUACCGGCCGAGAUCUUCCCGGCCCGGUUCAGAUCCACGUGCCAUGGUAUCUCUGCAGCAUCAGGAAAGUUAGGUGCGAUGGUUGGUGCUUUCGGGUUCUUGUACUUGGCACAAAGUCCAGACAAGGCCAAGACGGACGCAGGAUACCCUCCAGGGAUUGGGGUCAAGAACUCUCUUAUCGUGUUAGGUGUGGUUAACUUCUUGGGCAUUCUGUUUACUUUCUUGGUGCCUGAAUCUAAAGGGAAGUCACUUGAGGAAAUGUCCGGUGAAAAUGAGGAGAAUGAGAACAGCAACAGCGAUAGUAGAACGGUCCCAAUAGUUUAGAUGAUAAUACCUCUUUUGUGAAAACUUAUCUUCUUCUCUUCUUUGUCUUAAUAUAGCAACUCGAGUUGUUCUUUGUGUCAUCUGCUGAUGUCAUGUCUAAAUGGUUAAUAAUUUUAACAAUUCUGUAGAGUUUUUAAGGAAAAUAUAUGAUGAAAAAUCAAAGAGUAAACUGGAAGAAAAUUGGAUUUGACUUUU